CGAAGUGGAUUAACAGCCCAAGGGGGAGACGAGGAAUUUUCCACUCCGUUUCUUCAUUUUUUUCUUCUGCAGGAUCGUACAAUAAACAAAACAACCAACCAGAUCAUCCCACGGAAUGAGAACAAAGAAGAGAGUUCAGUGGUCAAAACAGUUAAGCCUUUCGUAACAAUUUCAUCAGAAACCAAAGCAGGAAGCAGAGAGAGAGAGAGAGAGAUCUAUUAUAUCUUCUUCUGUUUGGUGUUUCUGUUGUCAUGGCUACCUAGAAGCUUUGACAGAAAUGGGGAAGACCAGCAAAUGGAUUAGAAGCUUCUUGACAGGGAAGAAAGACAAGGAGAAACAAAGGGAAAAGGGGAAAGGGAAAGUUAAUACCAAGCAACUUUCAUCGCUUCCCACUGAAAACCCAACAACACCAAUUACAGUUCCACCUACAACUCCAAAAGAGAAACGCAGAUGGAGUUUCCGAAGAUCAACAGCCUCAGCUGCGGCCCCCAAGGAUUUGAAUUUCAUGGAACCAGUUGCUGCCAGUGCACCAGCGAUACAGGCCAUCUUAGAAUCUGAGAUUGAGCAAAAGAAGCAUGCAAUGGCUGUGGCAGCUGCCACGGCUGCUGCUGCCGAUGCAGCAGUGGCAGCUGCACAGGCUGCUGCUGCUGUGAUCCGUCUCACUGCUGCUACCACAAGGCCCAAUGCCGUUGAAGAGGCUGCCGCCAUCAAGAUUCAAGCUGUAUUCCGCUCCUACCUGGCAAGGAAAGCAUUGUCUGCAUUGAAAGGACUAGUGAAGUUGCAGGCCUUGGUAAGGGGUCAUCUGGUGAGGAAACAGGCAACUGCUACUCUGCGGUGCAUGGAGGCACUGGUGACAGCUCAGGCCAGAGCCAGAGCUCAGAGGAUCAGGUUAGCUGAGGAAGCGCAGACCACCAUUCAAAGACAAUCAAUUCACAGAAAAUCCUUACAGGACCACCGGUUUAGACAGGUAAACAAUGAGAUUGAUAGAGGGGUGGAAGAUACCAUUAAGAUUGUGGAGAUGGACCUUGGUGAAUCAAGAAGCUCAAAGAGCAGGAAUAUCUACUCAACCCCCCCACAAACUGAACGGUUCGAACAAAGGCUUUCCAUGUAUUAUGCUGGGCAUCGUGUAAACUCGAAGCAAGAAUACCAGUUCCAGAUGUCACCUGCUCCAUCAGCUUUGACCGAUAUGAGCCCAAGAGCUUGUAGUGGCCAUUUUGAUGAUUAUUCCUUCCUCACAACACAGAGCAGCCCCCAAUGCUACACUGCUGUUACCAAACCAGACUCAAAAAUGGGCUCCUUUGCUUUUUCCCGGUCCGAGUAUGCUGAUUCAGUUUCCAAUGACUAUCCAUUCUUUCCACAUUACAUGGCAAACACAAAAUCUUCCAGGGCAAAAGUCCGUUCACAGAGUGCACCUAAACAACGACCUGAUUCAUUCGAGAGACAACCAAGCAGACGAAGGGCAUCAAUUGAAGGAAGGAAUAUCCCAAGGAGCACCAGGAUGCAGCGUUCAUCUUCUCAUCUGGGUUCCAAUAUUAAUGGACACCAAUACCCAUGGCCGAUCAAACUUGACAGGUCCACCAUGUCCCUCAAGGAUAGUGAGUGUGGGUCGACCAGUACAGUUCUGACAAAUACCAACUACCACAGAUCCCUUGUAACAUAUGAGGCGCAUGGGAAUAAGCACCGACAGUUCAUCAAUCUCCAAAGUUAGGACUGGGAUUUGUCACCAUCAAAGAAGAAGGAACAACACAGAGCAGGACAAAUCAAAGACAAUCCACUAAUGGAGUUUCUAUUGUAGGAGAUGCUAAAUAUACUGAUUGUAUUUAAUUUUAUGAUAUGAUGUCUUUGCAGGGGAUUCCUUAUAUCAGAAGCCUCUCUCUAACAUUCAAUUUCUGCCUUGAGUGUUUCUACAUCUUUUCUUGCCUCAAGCAUUCUAAUGAGAAAGAAUGAGGUAGCUGGAUUGCAGCAAACUAAUUUGUAAAGGCAAUACCGAAAUCAGAUUUUUUUUUUAUCAACUGUAAUCUGUUGCAAGAAAUAUUGUGAGGGAUGUGAUACUUUUCUAGGAACUUUAACCAUGCGUUGAUGUAUCAGAAAUUAUGUACCAUUAUUUCCAUAUAAGCUAUCUUCUAUCUAUUGGACUGUA